AUAUACGCGGUACGUAUGGAGCUGACAUGACAUUCAGUAUGCAGUAGCUAGUUUUGCAUUCGUAUAAAACUAGUCUUCAAAUCGUUAAUCAAAGGUUCAAAGAAGCGGUUAAAAUGUCUUCCCUGCUACUCCUGACAGGAGUAUUCCUUGUUAGUUUAGUCACCUUAUCAGCUUCAAGUGGACUUGGGGGGUUAGAGCCGGCAAAAGUUGACGAAGCUGGAGUCCUUCGCUCGGCCCAUUUCGCGAUGGGCCAAAUAAACAAGAAGUCGAACGCUUUGUAUGCAAGUAAAAUGACCAAAAUUAUCAACGCACAGAAACAGGUUGUGUCAGGAAUGAACUACUAUCUGACGAUAGAAACAACUGAGACCGAGUGCAAAAACACAGGCCCCAUUGAUGAUCUGGACUCCUGUGAACUCUUGGACAAACCAAAGAAGCAGAUCUGCGAAGUCGUUGUGAAUGAGGAGUUAUGGAUGAAAGAGAACCCAAGAAAGCUCCUUGAUUCCUCCUGCCAAUGAGGCAGAGAAGGGAACAGGAUCCAUAAGAGAGAUGGAGAUCAGAAACUUGGAUGCAAAAAAGUACAAAGAAAAAAUACAUAUACUUAACCCUAACUCCCUAGGGGGUAUGCAAAAUCAUAUUGAAAUUGGAGGAUUCAGGACUGUUAGGGAUAGCUAUUACAGUGCAAAAGUUGUGCAGUGAAAUAAUUACCAUAUUAAAGGGAAGAUACAACAUUUGCGAACAUCAAAAAAUGAAAUGGUCAAAUAUCACAAAAUACCUUACUGGAUUGUUAGGGAUUGGCAG